AUGGCAACAUCAUGGAAUCCUUUUGGUAAAAAGCCAACCGCCAAAGAGCUGGCAAAACAAGCCAAACGCGAAACUCGAAAAGAAGUCCGCGGCGCCCAACGGGAAAUGGAUCGUGAAAUGCGAGAAUUGGACAAGCAAGAAAAGCAAAUCACCAUGGAAUUGAAACAACGGGCCAAGGGCGUCAGUAGUUCAAAAGAUCCAGCACUUGCUGCUCUUGCCAAACAGCUAGUCCAAGUGCGUAAGCAAAAAGAAAAGCUCAUUGGCGCCAAGGCACACAUUGGAGCCGUCGGCAUGCACGCGACUAGUAUGGCGUCACAGGUGGCGGCCGCCCAAGUCCUUGGCAAUGUGACGGGAGCUAUGCAAACUGCUAAUAGUGCAAUGAAUGUCCAAGAAAUGACUAAGAUGAUGAGUGAAUUCCAACGUGAGACGGAGCGUAUGGAAGUCAAACAAGAAAUGAUGGACGAUGCCCUGAUGGAUGCCUUUGACAAUGAUGAAGUCAAUGAGGAAGCUGAGGAUGUUACCAACCAAGUGUUGGCGGAACUUGGUGUCGAGUUGGAUCAAAAGAUGGUUGGGUUGAAUGCUCCCAGUGCCAAACCAGUUGGAGAAGAAAUAUCGCAAGAAGCAGAAUUUGAUGCCUUGCCGGAUUUGAAGGCACGACUUGAUGCUCUGUAG